GCUGUCUGUCUGCUCCACGGUCUGCUCCAGGAUCUGCUCGGUACAAUUAAACAUGGCGUGUUGUCAGUGGAAGGAACGUUGAAUCUGCAAAAUGAAAUAGACGGGACGUGCAUAUUAUUGCUACAUAAAAUCGUCAAUUGUUACAUCACAGGACUCGACUAUUACAUACGCCACAAUGCUGCUGUUUUUGGAGAGAUUCCCAUGGCCCAGUCUGCAAACGUACACAGCCCUAAGUGUGGCAUUGCUUGCUGGGAGCAUCUUCAGUGCCUAUACUACUGUCACCGACCCAGGUUUUAGGGCUUUAGAAGCAGAUGAAACACCCGUCCCAUCAGAAGGGGAGCUUGAUCAGUUGAACAAUGACAUGAGCAACAGAGAGUUGGCCACUACUGUGUUGUGGUAUCUUGUUACAGACAGUCUUUUUGUAUGGGUUUUGGUAAACACUUUCUGCUGUUUAUUGAUGUUAAUUGCUAAGAUGAUUCAGUAUGUUGUAUUUGGCCCGCUAAGAGUUAGUGAGAAGCAGCACCUGAAAGACAAGUUUUGGAACUUUAUUUUCUACAAAUUCAUUUUCAUUUUUGGAGUAUUGAACGUGCAGACAGUAGAAGAGGUGGUCAUGUGGUGUUUAUGGUUCUCUGCCCUGGUCUUUCUCCACCUCAUGGUGCAGCUCUGCAAAGACCGUUUUGAAUACCUGUCAUUUUCACCUUCCACACCCAUGAAUAGCCAUGUGCGAGUGUUGUGUCUGCUGGUCUCGUUGCUAUUGGACUGCUGUGGGCUGGCCAUUGGCUGUGGACUUCUAGGUUCUUCACAUGGCUUACACACACUCUCCUUCAUGGCAGCAGAGUGUUUGCUAGUGACAGUCCGUACUGGUCAUGUCAUAAUGCGCUACUCAAUUCAUUUGUGGGAUCUAAACCAUCCUGGGACUUGGGAAAGUAAGGGAACAUAUGUCUAUUACACAGACUUCAUCAUGGAGUUGGCUAUGCUCUUUCUAGACCUUAUGCACCAUAUCCAUAUGUUGCUUUUUGGUAACAUUUGGUUGUCAAUGGCAAGUUUGGUCAUAUUUAUGCAGCUGCGUUACUUAUUCCAUGAAGUCCAGCGCCGCCUCCGCAGACAUAAGAACUAUCUGCGUGUUAUUAACAACAUGGAGGCCAGAUUUGCUGUUGCCACACCUGAAGAGCUAGCAGCUAAUGAUGAUGAUUGUGCCAUCUGCUGGGAUACUAUGUUUACAGCUCGUAAACUCCCAUGUGGACAUCUCUUUCACAAUUCAUGUUUGCGUUCCUGGCUAGAGCAGGACACAUCAUGUCCUACAUGCAGGAAAUCAUUAAACAUUAAUGGUGACGGGGUUCAAACAAGAGAUCAUCAGCAAGGUCCAGCUUUGGAGGACAACAUUGGAGCUGUAGGGCCAGCUGCAGAUGCCAGACCACACAUUAACCAACAUAACCACUUUUUCCACUUUGAUGGAUCCCGUAUUGCAAGCUGGCUGCCAAGUUUCUCUGUUGAAGUUAUGCACACAACUAAUAUAUUGGGUAUUGCUCAAGCAAAUAACUCCCAGCUCACAGCCAUGGCCCAUCAGAUCCAGGAAAUGUUCCCACAGGUGCCCUCCUACUUGGUAAUGCAGGACUUGCAGUUGACGAGGUCUGUAGAGUUAACCACUGACAAUAUUUUGGAGGGUCGCAUUCAGGUCCCUUUUCCUACACAGGCCACUGAACGAGGUACAGCACAGGGGAACACUACCCCAGAGCCCCAAGCUGAAUCUAGUGGAGCAGUAGACCAGGCUAGUGCUGAGCCUGAUAACAUUGAGGCCAAAGGGGGGCGCUUUUCCAAAUCGGCUGAGGAGAGACAGAAGAUGCUAAAACAGAGAAAAGAAGAGAUGCUUCAACAAGCACGCAGGAGAUACCUGAACGCGAGUCCUGAAGACCAAGGGGAAGAGUUGCCUAGCCUUGAAGAUGAUACUGCCACAGAACUGGACUUGAAUGUGCUAAGACACAGAGCAGUUGCUGCAGCUACAGAGAGACAAAUGCAGGGCCACUCUGUACCUUGAAAGUCUUUCAGCAAUGCUGGCAAAAUGAUGCAUUUUCCUCCAUGAGGCACAGAGUUACUUUGGCCACAAACCGUUUGGUAUUCUAUCGACGCUUAUGCCUGUACCUGUGGUCUUGUGGCCACCAGAGUUCAAUGUGUUUGAUGUGAAUGGCCUACAUCAUUUAUUCCAGGCUAUGUUUGGAAUUUUCUGUUGUGUGCAAGUUCUAAGGCCUUUUAUGUGCCACGUUCUACACCUCUUCAAUUUUCAAAUGAGCAAGUUGUAACAUUUAAUCUUUGAACUGGCCUAUGUUGGCAUGCUUUGCUAUUUGAAAUCACAUUAUUUUGGCUCAGCAUAGCUAUAUGGAACUGAUUUUAGUUAUGAUUUUUUGCGGGGAUUUUUAAGCUUGAGUAUUCUGGAUGAAGAACCCCAUUAUCAUUAACCUAUUGUCAUUUGUUUGUCUUUUUUCACUGUGAAUUACAUACAAGCUAAUGACAAAGUUUUACUUAUCUUGGAGUAAGAGAGAAUGUCACUUUAGUAUUUUUGAGCCUUCUUGUCAAAUAUGAAUGUCAUAAAAUGCUGUGUGUUUCAGCCUUUGAAGGGAGGGAGGGAGGGAGGGGGGGUAUUAAAAAAAAAAAAAAAUGCAAAUGGAUGGUGGACAGCGGUUGGCCAUGCACUGUGUAUAUGUUUUUAAAGGUCAGUGAUUUUGACAAAUCCGUAGUCUGUUAAUUUAAUUUGUACUAAUUUAAGAUGAGCAAUAUAAGAAAAUCGAAUAGUCAAUCCACCAACAGCCCUGUUGCCUUUAAAUGGAAAUGAUUUGAUUGAGUGGAUUACUAUUUUUUUUUUUUUUUGAUUUAUUAAUUUGCAGACUAACAACAUGAACUCAGUUUUAAAUUCUCAUACUCUUAGCUGUUAAGUACAAUGUUAAACAUUGUAUUUAUAUUGAUACAUCUUUCGUAUAUGACUGCAAAUGGGCUGACUUGAUUCUUAAGCAAUAUAAUUCUGUUGGGAGUCAUGCACCCCAAAUUCACGCAGAAGUGCCCCCUGGACACAAAAUUCAUUUGGGGUUGUAAAGUUUACACAUCCACUAUCCAAGUUGUAAUUUAUGCCUACAUUGGCAAACAUCCUGUAAAGUGUUUUUGUCUUGUAAAGAAUUCACAGAACAUUCAAUAAACAGCGUCAAGAGC